CAUGCCAGACACUUUCCCCACAGUCUAUCUGCUCAGAUAGAGAGACUUCGGCCGAGCCAGGCAGGCCUUUUCAGACAGCUGUUGUUUGCUAGCUGAGGCGUGACAGAGCAGUAAACAGCACCCAGCCAGUCUGGCCGGCCUGCCUGUCGCAGCGGUGGAAGAGAAGGAGGACGUUAUUUUAGGCACUCAGACACUGUCACCUGUCGUAGGACGAGUCUGGACACUGUCUCCCAGACAGCACACUUAGCCGCACCAGUAACACUUGCCACACCACAACAACACUCUCUGGAGACCUUACCACAGAACAGGAGAACCAGCGAUGUACACAAACGGACUCUGCAGUGUCUGAAUUAACGACUAAAGUGGUCUUUUACAGAGCUCUCUGGUCCUGAGAUGGGCCAGUACGACACCCAGGCUCUCUCAGAGACCCUGAUGGGAUUCCUGCAGGACCUGCCAUCCCCUGUCAUCCCAAAGUCUAUCUAUCCCAGCCUGAAGACUACCCUGCAAGAGGAAGAAGAGUUGUCCGUCGGAGAGAUAGGCAGGCGUUUGCUGAAGGCUCUGGAGCCCCCGGCUGUGCCCCUGCCGAGCCUGCAUUACCUGCUCAGACACCUGGACCGAGUGGGCCAGGGCUUGGCCCACAACGGCCAGAGCUCGGCCCACAACGGCCUGGACCCCCACACCCUCGCAUUCCUCUUCAGCCCUCUUCUGCUCACCACUGGGUCAGAAGAAGGUCAUCAGGUUCAGGUGCUAGAGAGGCUGCUGGUGGCAAGGGCCUGGGAGCUGGACCAGAUGUCAUCAGCCCUACCUUCCAAGCCUUCCAAAACCAAAGCCAUGGCAUCUUCUGUCGUCAAUGGGGAUGGCAGCAAGAUGGCUGAUGCAGAGUGGUACUGGGGAGACAUUUCCAGAGAUGAGGUGAAUGACAAGAUGAGAGACACACCAGAUGGCACUUUCUUGGUCCGAGAUGCCUCAAGCAAGGUGCAAGGAGAAUAUACAUUGACUCUCAGGAAAGGAGGAAACAACCAGCUGAUCAAGAUCUUCCACCAAGGAGGCAAGUAUGGCUUCUCUGAGCCGCUGACCUUUGCUUCUGUGGUGGAACUCAUCCUGUAUUAUCACCAUGAGUCGCUGGCCCAGUACAACCCCAAGCUGGACUCACGGCUACUGUACCCAAUCUCCAAAUAUCCGCAGGAUCAGGUGGUGACAGGGGACAGCGUGGAAGCAGUAGGAGAGCAACUGAAGGUGUACCACGAACAUUGCCAGGAGACGAGCCGGGAAUAUGACGUCUUAUAUGAAGAGUAUACUCGCACCUCUCAGGAGUUACAGAUGAACCGCACGGCCAUCGAGGCCUUCAACGAGACCAUCAAGAUCUCCGAGGAGCAGUGCGAGACCCAAGAAGGCUAUAGCAAGGAGAACAUUGACCAGUUCCUCAGGGAGGGAAACAGCAAAGAUACUGAGAGAAUCCAAAGUAAUUGGGAUAAGCUGAAGUCGCGGGUGACUGAGAUCCAUGACAGGAAGAGGAAGCUAGGGCAGGACCUGAAGGAGCAUGCGAUGGACAACCGAGAGAUCGAUAAGAAGAUGAGUAGCCUGAAUACGGACCUCGUGCAGCUGAAAAAGAUUAGAGACCAGUACCUGGUGUGGCUCAAUCAGAAGGGCACCAGACAGAAGAAGAUUAACGAGUGGCUGGGGAUCAAAAAUGACAUGGAAGGUUCUUCCCCUCUACCUCCCAGCCUGUAUUCUCUGGUGGAUGAGGAGGAAGACCUGCCGCACCUCGACGAGCGCACUUGGUACGUGGGCGACAUCACGCGCAGCCAAGCCGAGGAGUUGCUGAGGGGAAAGGGUGACGGCACUUUCCUGAUCCGAGACAGCCAGUCCCAGAAGGGCUCCUACGCCUGCUCUGUAGUUGUGGACGGGGACAUCAAGCACUGUGUGAUAUUCAAGACCUCCACGGGCUACGGCUUUGCUGAGCCCUACGACCUAUACAGCUCCCUGAGAGAGCUGGUGCUUCACUAUAGACACACCUCCCUGGUCCAGCACAAUGACUUGCUGAAUGUAACUCUGGCAUGUCCUGUCCUAACCCAGCAGCAACCCAGAUGAGACGCAAGAUAACCCGGACAGGGCCUGACACACACAGAGGAAACACACAGAACUAAUAAAGACCACAAACCCUCACUUUUCCCAUACAAGAAAAGCAAACGGCUUUCUGCGCGUUGGGUUUGAGAGGAGGGGGAGGGCGGAGUGGAUUUUGACAUGCAAGAGCACAUUCACAUGUUCUAUUUUUGUUAAAUCUCUACAACACUACACCGUUUUUUGGAGAAACAAAAAAAAAGUAAUUGCUGUAGAUUCUUUUGAAAUCGACUUUGAAAUGUAUUUCUUUAUUUUUCUGCAACUUUUUUCUACAGUUAAAGAGGGGCUUUUUGCGAGAGGGUUUGAUAUUCAAGACAUGGAGAACAAAAAGACCUGCCAAGCGCUUUUCUGUUUACAUUAAGCCUUGCUCACAUUGUCCACUGUGGUAAAAUGCUUAAAGGGAUUCUCCCGUACUUUUGACUACUUUUUAGCCAACAGUUCUGAAAGAAGCGCUCACAAGCCAAAAUUGCGUACUACGUCUAGUGCACCACGUCAUUCCUUUCUGUCUCGCUCAUUUGCAACUUGCUAGCUGUUACUGACAUGGCGAGGGGCUGAAGCUCAUUGGUUGAACUCAAAUUACUAGGGGGCUUGCACAGGAGGGGGAGGAUUUUGGGGAAAAUGGCGCAGCACAGCUUCCAGAAAAACAGUUGCUUUCAAACUAGGAAUUUUGUGGCUAAUUGAGGGAGAACAGUAAUUAUUAACUGUCAAUGAUUUAUUUCUUUACUUCAAGUACAUAUUACUACAAACACAAAAUCCACAGCGUUGGGUAGCACACACACACAAAGAAAGCAUUCUAUCUGCUCUCUGUGUAACCUUUCAUGCUAUGUGCCCUUUCACAGUAGAACAUGGUGGAACAUAUGGUGGUGAAAGUGCCUUCUGUUCUAAUCCUCUGUCUUCCAUUAUUUCUCUGUAAAUCAGAGUCCGUGUGGAUGCCUGGCCCCAAUCAGAUGCCAAGUGUUUUGUAUAGCACUGUGUGUGAAACUGGAAAUCUGAAAUGGACCUCACUAUUGAUUGCCUUGGAGCAGAUGGGCAACUCCCUCAGAGUUGUACCUGGCACUACUGCCACUGCCUGCUCAGAGUGCACACUUCUGGUUUCCCAGGUCUCAAUCAGUUGCUGAUUUAAAGGAAAGACACUAUGAAGAUGAAACUUGCCCACCCCUCCAUUAGUGUGUGUAUGAUGGUGGUGUUGGAAUUGUCCAUGUUGAAAAUGGAUUUAUGUUCACAUUUUUCGAGUCGACCAUUGGUAAAUCUCGUCGGGGGAUGAGUUGCUUCCUGUUGACAUUAGGUUAUGUAUGCUGUAUGAACUGAGGUAUUUGUCAGUCUCUCGUUAAGGUAUAAGUAGCCUAUUUCAAUGAUUCAAAACGCAUUUUCCUUCAUUGGACCUUACCUGACACACUUUAUGAAUGCACUUAUUUCUCAGGACACAAGCUUCCAAAUCUGUUUUGUGAUGCUAACAUACACAAGAUAUUCUUGUUAGAUUUCGAACAAACUACUUUGACAAACUGAUUAGUACUAUGCAGCGAGUUCGGAGACAACUUGAUGACGCCUCGUUAUCGACAUUGAUAACCCUCACAUUUGUCGUGUAUGAAUCAGACCUUUAAACAAGACCAGAGGAGAUAUUGAGGUAGAAAUCCAAAGGCAGGGACACAGAAGGUCAUAAAUCAUUAGCUUUUGCACACAAGAAUCUCACUUGAUUUAGAGAUAUUGUAUGGUAUUAUUAUCAUGUUCUUAACCUAACCAGAAGAAGGGGUGACGGGGUUAUUGGUGCUAGAAGUGGACGAUGUCUUGUAUACUAUGAUGACAUUGCAUUGGUGCAUUUUACUGCUCACUAUUAGGAGUGAUUCAAUUGCCCAGCAUGUUGGGAUUGGUGAAAAUGUACGUUUUAUAACUGUCAACAUCGUUUGUUUUGUGUGUUAUGUUAAUCUGGUAAACCUGUUUCUUAUGUGUAUCUGGUAGUUAGGAGAAAAGGUCUCUCUGGAGAGAGAUGACAGAUGAAUAGUCUGUGUACUAUUUACUGAGCAUAGCAUUUCAGCCAGAGUCCUGCUCAGUUAGGCUACCCUUCAGGUCAAAGGAUCUUUGAAAACUGUGAGAUUGCAUUUUUGGGGGGGCAUGUGAGAGAGCACUGUAUGUAAAUAGAGAGAGCAAUUUCCCAAACAAGUUUCCGGUUGAAUUUGAAAUUGCACUUGCAAGUGUAAGACUAUGCUUGUUCUCCAACGUGUAGACAGUCUUUUCAACGUGAGCCAGGCUCAGAGGAAUUGUUAUAUAUCUCCCCUGGCCUUUUCUGUGUGCUUGGGCCCAUAUUGGAGAUUAUGACUAUCGUCCAUUGAUUGCCCCACAGACUGUUAUGACAGUGCAGCAUAAAACACCAAACGCUUCUUCAGCUUGUGAGAGAAAGUGUGUGAGUGGGUAAAUGUUUGAGGUUUGAGUCGGGAGGUUGCCUUGCCAAUAUUUAUAAUCUGGAACUGUAUAUGCACCACAAAGACAUUCAUAUGCUUCAGGAGUUUUAUUACAAUUGGACUUGAACAUGCUCAUUUAUUUAUUUACAAUAACCGGCUAUGAUAGGGCAGUAACACUCCUCAUCGUGGACAUCUCAUUCAUUGUAAGACAAGGAUGGCAUCAUUGAAGAGGCACUUUUAAGGGCCUGUUUGAAAUGGGGUUUUAUGAAAGGCCGUUAAACCCGUCUGUGUUUCAGUGUUUUUGUUAUUUGUUCAACAUAACCUGAACAGAUUUAAUUGAAGAAGCUAAUGUGAAUUUUUUGGAUCUUCUUUACAUUUACAUUUAAUGUGUUUACAAUCUCUAAAUAAGCAAAUAGAUUAAAAAGACUGUUUUCUAACGAUCUAUUUGUCUGCUCAAAAGCAUAUCUAGAAUGACAUUAUGUCGUAGUGUUUGUUGUAUCUUGACUUUCAAAUGUUUUUAAGACUGCUUGGUUUUUAACUUUUGCAUUUGUGAAACUGUAAUUUAUACAACCUUGACAUAGGUUGGAGUUAAGUACUUUGAAACAUGGAAAACCCCCCCAAAACAUUGCAAAAUGCACUUUAAAAUUGACUGUAAGCAGCAUUAGUCCAACUCUGUAAAAUUGUUAUUGCAUUACUUUCUGGCUGCACAUAAACAAUGGUAUGUUUUCAUGUUGUAUUUGUUAGACUGGUAGUUUUGUAUAGGACUAAAUUAACCAUUUAUUUUAAAAAGUAUAGUUGUCUAAAUACCUUUUUGUUGAAAUUUUUACCGACAGUUUUCUGUUGAAAAGCAAUCCCUUGCUCAGAAGGCAAUUGAGUGUAAACGUUGGGAGAAUUGUGAUAUCUACUGUCAAAAUGUGAUCAGAUGGUCUAUGAUGUUCCUCACUGUUGUCUUGGCCAUUUUCUGUGAAGUUAGUCACUACUGAUGAUGGACUGCUUUAUUUAGGUACUGCUUUGUUGUUGUGACUGUAUGUAUGUUAUUAAUUAUCUAUUUGAUAAUUAACCAAUCAAUUAAGAAGGCUUUUACUCUGGCCUAAGUUUUACGUUUGUUCUUCUGCCUGUUUUGCCAACCAAUUUGUCUCUACGUAAAGAGAAGUGGUUGAAGAGAUGAUAUGGUUGUUGUAAUUGCUGUGGGAUGUCCAAUGAGAGAGUUUGGCUUCUCAAGUGGUCACAAAAAUCCAUCUCGUUAGCACAUCCCGAGGAUGAUCGUAAUCAUUGGUGGGAGGAGCUCCAACCCACUGGCUUUUCAAAUUGGUCAGAGUGUUGUCUGAGAUAAGUGUCAAGGAAGGCUUUGGCUUCAGUACCUGUAAGCAACAUGACGUUUGCACCUGUGUUUGUCUUUUUCUUCUGCUCUACUUUCAAGAAAUCCCAAGGAAAGUCGAAGCCCAAACCGGCUUGUGAAUGGAUCAUCAAGGAUGAUCAUCAAUUUUGAAUAACUGCACUGAGACAUUAUUAUAAUGACAACUGCUGGGCUCAGUUUAGGUUUGUUUUAUCAAAUCUAUUCAAGAUUUUUCUUUUCUUGAUUCUGGCUUGAAGUAUUUCAUCUGUCGCAGUUGAAUGAUUAAAGUGUCCUUUUCUACAAAAAUCAAAUGUCCUUUUUGUGUGUAAUAUCACCAAGCAUUAAGACAUUCUCCUGCAAUAUAUGUAAAUGUCAUUGUAUAUCCCAUAUUCCCAAACAUUGAUUUCCAGGAUUGUGGGUUCAGUUUAAAUUGAUGUUCAAAGAGUUCCCUGUCCAUGAUUGAAUGAGUCAUGCUUUUGAAAUUGAGCACCAGAGGUCCUACAUUUCGUGAGGGCAUGUGACUGAAGCCAAAUGUCAAUGAGAAAUGUGACGCCAACAAGCUGUUUUGUUUCGGUUCAAGUUAAGCCCUUAAAUGUGUCUUCAUGAGAAUUUCAAAGCCCUCCAUUUUACUAUGAUUUCUAAACAUUCAACAUGUAACUGGGGAUUGGAAAAGUUGUUUUGGUUCCCACAAUAUUCAUUCUCAGGUAAAUUCCAGGCAAGUAAUUAUUUGUCUAAUUGAAACAGUAAGCCUGCCGUGUGUGAGAACAUAAAUUUCAAGAUUAUGUUAUAAUACUGUUAUUGCAUCAAAUGGUUGUUUUAUGCAACAGAAUAGGAGGUUCUUAGAACACUUUAAUCUGUGUGUGUUCUACUGAGGAUGGGCCUUUGGGAGAUGUAAUGCUGACAGAAGAUUUACGAUGUCUUUGGGUGAUAAGCC